UGACCGAUUAUGGUAGUGAACGAAGUGGUUUCAAUUAAGUGACAUUUGGGAGGGAAUAUCAAAGAUGGCUGCCGCUCCAGCUGCUUCCUGCAUGAGCGCCGAAAAUGGAUGCGUUAUGUUCGAUUGCCUCGUACAUCUGUGGGAAUGGCUUGACCCCCCAAUUGAACAAUCACAAUUCCAAAUGGAAAACAAAAAGCAGGUGCCCGCUACGCAGCAGCCGCUGUUGCAGCAGCACUUAAUGGCGCAACACGUGCAUCCCGAUCAAAUCUACAACCAGCAUCACCCUGCUAUUGCAACCCACCUGUCUUCCCCGCAACCUGGCCAGCUUCCACCAAAUGGCGUUAUGCACCAACUCCUGCAAAGUCAAUAUCACUCUAACAUAGAUGCCCGUUCGCCACUUCUCGAAAACAGACACGAGUUGUAUGGAACUGGUUACAAUCAAGAUUAUUCUAGGCAAUACGGAGUUAACGAUAACUACAAUUACCCACAAUCGCCUCCUAGGUUAGAAAGAACAGAAUUACACACCGACCAUAAUGUAAAUAACGAAAUACUUCACAAUAUUCCUAAAGGAUAUAAUGCUGAAGUGUAUCAAGACUAUUUAAAACGAAACCCACCGAAAGAUACCAACCAAAUAUACCAAAAUCAUCAACCGAUGUAUCGACCCAAUUCAAAUCAAUACGGCUCUAAACCGUAUCUUCCAUAUUCAAGUCGAAUAGGGCCGCAUAGUAAUACAGAACUCUUACGAAGACAGUACAACGAAAUCCAGCAAAUGAAGUUGCAACAGCAACUGCACUAUCAAAAUCAAGCGCAGAUGCAUCAACAACAGAAGUUCGCUGAGAGGCAGAUGCUACUUCAACAAAUUCAUGGCGUACAACCACCUCCGAACUUGCAAAAUAGUAUAUACUCUGAUAGCUCUUAUAGAGACUUAGAUAGAUAUAGUAGUAAAAAUGAUUUCAAGGAGUAUAGUAGUACCGACAUACAGAAAGAUAUUGAUAGGUACGCGAAAAAUAAUGAAUUUAGAGAAAAUGAUAAACAAAGCAGGCAAUAUCCGGAUCAACAAUGGCAGCCCAAUCAGCUAACUGAUUCUAGAGAGCCAGAAAGAUAUAGAAGACAAUCAGAAGGCGAUACAGGAAAGAAUCAGUCUCCACCUUCGGAUCAAAGUCAAAAGAGUAAUGUUGGUAUCAUUUCACCUAUGAAAUCCAGCGAGUCCAGCAGUCCAAGUAUAAAGUCACCUUCUUCGGAGAGCAGAAGAAGCAGUGGCGGGACUCAAGCUUUACGGUCGCCAAUAGCACAACGAUUACCUUCUGCCCCAGUAACCAUGUCUGGCAUUCUGUACAAGCAGGGGUCAGAUGGACUCAAAGUGUGGAGAAAGAGGUGGUUUGUCUUAUCGGAGUACUGCUUAUUUUAUUACAAAAGUCAUGAUGAAGAGAAGCUCCUUGGAUCCGUUCUUCUUCCUUCAUAUAGGGUGUCAGCCUGUACCGCCGAGGAUAAAGUACUCCGGAAAUUCGCUUUCAAACUAGAGCAUGCCAAUAUGCGCACUUAUAUACUCUGCGCUCCUGACCAGGAGGCCAUGAUGAAGUGGGUGAAGGUGCUGACUAUGGCAGCGCUCAUGCAGAGCCCCAAUGACCAGCCACAAAAGCAGAGCGAACGGGCAGCUGCAAAAACAGAGGAGGAUGAAGUUCCCGGGCCCACAUAUGCAAAUGCGCCACCAAAGCCGCGACGCUCAAAUGAAGGAUACAACUCGCCAAGCUCUGAUAUAUAUGAUCCAAACUACGACCUACUCAAACAGCCAGCAUCACACUACAGCCAAGGUACUAGUCACACACGCUACCAGGAACACAAUUACCCGAGCAGUCCAAAUCAAGAGAGCAUAUACACACGGAGCCCACAGUCGCCCCCGGCGCCGCCGCAGUACCCAACGAAACGACCAUACGACACCCACCACCUGUCUCUGCCUCUGACAAACACCGUAACCGACAGAUUAGAAAACAACCAACCUAGUACCUCAACUUCCAUGUAUAAGACCACACCUAACUCCCCUUACUUUGAUACUAGGAGCAGAACGCAACAAGAAUCUAAUCAAGAUCAAAUAUACGAUCGACAACCGCAGUCCAAUCCAUUCCUGCAGGAUACGACACCACAAACAGAAAGUUCUAGAGACAUUGAUAUGCAAAAUAAGAAUAGUCAAAAUUAUGAACAAGAACGGGCCCAAUCGAGAACAAAUGAUACGUACCCAGAAACGCGUUUAAAUAAUUCUUCAAAUGUGGAUAUGGGACAAUACAGUCGAGAUGUUUAUGGAGAGUUGAAUGCAAGACCCAGUAGGUCAGGAAGUGCAAUCAAUGAACGCUUAUUAACAGAGAGACGAACACCCGAUGCAUAUGGCCGAUCUACCAUUGUGUCCGCAUACAGUAAAGAUAAAGUCGGUGACUACGAAGACGUGUAUGCUACAUAUGCUACCGAAAAUGAUUACGGUCAAAGUUAUGCUAAGUCUCCAAAUAUCUUGCGGGAUGCAUCCAAUAUUUCUAGUCAACUAAAACAGCAAACUCAAGACCCCAUUGGAAAUUAUUCUCAAGAAAAAUCUUUUAGCGGCCCUUCAGUCUUACGCAGGAAAAAGAUGCAAUCGAGUGGGAUUCAGCCCCAAAUGCCGAGACCCCAUAGCGCAGAUUUUCUUGAAUAUGAAUCUAAGAAUGAAAUGCUAAAUAGAUCCAUGGCAAAUCGGACUGCCAGCAAUGUACCGAGGCAGCCACAGAGGCCUAAAUCUAGUUUAGAUAUCAACUCUUCAUAUGACCCUAGUUCAGAUAGAUACUAUUCAGAAGAAAGUUAUGCGGAAAAAAUGCGCCAAAGUGCUCAAUAUUUACAGCAAGGAUUGGGACCCCGCAAUAUUCAAAUUCCUUUGGCAAAAUACGCAAGUGGUCUGGCAGAAAAACAACUACAUUCCCCAUACUCACACACUACGAACAAUAAUUAUGAAACCGAAUUUGGUAGUCCUAGGAAUAACGGAGACGACAUAAGCAACCAUUUGAAAUACAAUGAAACAUUGAAUUCAAACUGGACGUUGAAGAAUAAAGAUCCUAAAGAUUACCUUAAUAGAAGUGGGAGUGUUAUGAGUGAUGGUUCUAAUAUAAGUGGCUAUACAAAGGGUAUUAACAGAUUAGAUACAAACGCCGAAGGCUUUAUGAGAUCCGCAAGUGCACGAUUACCUUCAACAGCUCCUGGAAGAGAGGGUGAGAAGAAAGUACAACAGCGAGAGGAAUCAAUGAAGCGAUUAUUGGAAUGGAAACAGCGCAUGUUACAAUCACCUUUAACACGCAAAAGUACUCCAGCCACUAUCUCUCUGGCUCGGUCUCUGAAUCAGAGCCGACAGUCGUUGAAAGACUACAAAUCGAAGACCUACGCUAAUGCGUCAUAUAACAGCUAUUCUUCCGAUGAUGAAGCUUCAAUGACAAUUACUGGCAAUAAUAUGGAAUCGGGCACAAAUAAUUCAAAUCAACAAACGUUGUCUAAUAAAGCUUUUCUCGGAAGUAAUACAUCUAUCGGAAGAAGUAACAGAGAUAGUAAUAUACCUGUGCGGGCCGUGAGCCCCAGAGUUCGAUGGGUGGAAGAAAAACCAACUAAUGACCAAUACGGCUCGCAACAUCUGACAGCUUCACAACAGAACUUAAGAAUCUCAAACGUGGCAGACGAGUCAUGGGCAACGGGUAGAUCUCCGUCUAGAGCUUCACAGCAGCCAAUUAGAGCGGUCAGUCCUAGAGUUCGGAGAAACACUGAACAAGACGACAUGCAAAGGGAACAGCAAUCGGGCCAGCAGUUUGGUGAAGUGCCCACGGCUGGGGAACUUCUUGGCCGAACUCACGAAGAAUUGGUGUUACUUUUGAUUCAAUUACGACGACGACAUGCAGCUACUCAUCGAGCCAUCGAACAGUGCUGUGCUCAAAUUAAUAGCAUCAAGGACUGCCUUAGUUCCUUGAAAGCUAUGGAGCGUGAAGAGAGUCUGCAAAGACUUGAACAUUUGAAAAUGCAACUAAUGGAACUAGAACAUCAGUACGAAAAGAGCAAGCCGCUUGUACAGUUGGUGGACAAUAUGGUGAAAUUGGGCUCCUUGUACAAUAGGCCAGGAUCCACAGUCGAGCGGCUUGAGAGGAAUCAGAGAUUGAGGCAGAAAGUUCUUGCAGAACAUGCGCUGGAACAACAAAGAUGGUUAGAGAGUGCUGCAGCAGGAAAGCAACUUGAAACAGAAGCUGCUAGAGCGAGAGUGGCUGAGUUGUGGGCUUUAGAACAAGAGCUAGCUGAUGAAGCCGCCAUUUUGCAGGGGCUUAGGACAGAUAAAGACGCAAUCGAAUCCUUACUUACAGGCGUUCGUGGUAAACUAGACAGCGUACAAACCAGAAGCGAUCUAUCACACAUCACGAAUCAGCGUGUGUCGGCUGUGCCUGAGCUGGGAAGCGGGUCGCUGGAGGCCGAGCUAGCCCGAGUGCACGCCAUGCUGGCACUUAAUUCUAAGAAACUGGAGCAGACCGUGGCCGAUAACGCGCGUCUGGAGCGCGAGCUGCAACAGCUGCGGCGAGCGCUGCAGGCGCGCCGCGCCGCCGCGCCCGCGCACCCGCCGCCCGCGCACGCCACCGCCAUGCUCGAAGACGAAGUAUCACGGGUGCAGCAGCUAGUGUCAGCCUUGCAGCGCCAACGACAGGAGCUCAGUCGAGCGGUGAGACAUCUAACGCAACAGUCUCAUGCUUUGCAGACUACCCACAAUUCUUUACCUGGUAAACGUCGUCCAACUUCCUCAUGGCAAGAAACCAACUUAGACACAGGACAUACAACCGACCACGGCAACUCUGACUACGACUACGACAUGGGCAGCGUCAUAUCCCCUGGUAAUUACGAGAGCCGUAACAUGGACGUACCACUGUAUGUGGACACGAGAGGAGGGGGGAAUGAUGUCAUGUCUCCGAUGACUAGCGAGGAAAUGCAGAAUGGCGGAUUUGCGAACCUGUCCAAUGUAGAAAAACAGGAGAUCAAAACCGUGCGCAUAGUGAAACGCGAAAGUGAAAGGCGACAAAGGGAUAGAGAUCGUUCUCUCCAACCCAUGUCCGACUGGCCUUCCAACAACAUCACUGCCAACCUUGACCAGUUUUUAGAAGAGGAGCUCAUCCAGUCUUCCAACUACUCCAGAGCUUCGUCUGUGCCUCGAACUGAUUUUAGCAAAUUUGAAGAAUACUACUCUAAGCCCCAACCUGCCGAACCUCCAAACUAUCUUCGACUGAACGACAAAAUGUCUUCCAUGGAACUUAGUCCUAAAUAUCCUUCAAGCCCGUCCCUAUCAAACUAUGAUUAUUCACGAGACAUAUCCUCACUUAGCAGCAGUUACAAUAGAAGUUACGAGAAGUCUGGUUACGAUAAAACUAUUUCGAUUUCGCCUCAAUAUUUGAACAGUCCCACGGAUAGCGCUAGAACUCUGACAAAUGAUCCGUUGUCAAAAACGAGCAGCAUUGGCAGCUUGACGAGAUCGCAUAUGGAAUUGUCGCCCAUCUUCAAAAGCGAGGCGGCGAAACAAAUCAUAACUGAGAUGUCCGGGGAUGUGCCUAAGCACGGGUCUCUGCACAGGAGACAAGUGCCGAAGGAGAAGCGAAGGCAUUACACAGCACCGCACCACCUAAGCGCAAAAACAUUAAACGAAAUGCCAAAGGAGGUGUACAAUCAAGAUAAGCUGGGCCGGUCGCUAGACGACGCGGACAUGGAGCGCGCCCUGCGCGCGCCGCCCGACGUGGUGCGCUCGGCGCUGGCGCCGCCGCAGCGCUACGCCGACUCCAUCGACCAGCUGCUGGCCGCGCCGCAGAAGAUCCUCAUACCGGAGCGCUACAUCCCGGAGAAGCCUCCUGAACUGUCACCUGAAGAACAACAGAAGCGUCAAGAGAAGGUUGAGUCGAUAAAAAAAAUGCUUUCGGGGUCGACUGAUCCCAACACCAAGAGCCCGGACGGCGAAGAGAAGCGGCAGCGGGAGCACUUGUUGCAGAUGAACCAGCUGCUCGCCAAGCAGGUCACCGAAAUGAGCAAAAUCAUUGCCGUGAAAGCGUUAGAAGAGUUGCCGCAGCGAAAUAACGCGGAGGACUUGGACGACCGCUCUCCAGAUGUGGAAUUGCCUAUUUAUCAGCAAAGAGACAAUUUCUUUACUUAAAGAUCGAAAUCGAACGUGUUGUCUGAUGAUGUAUCACUUUCAAGAUAUUUUGUAUUUGGUGGACGACGGCGGUUGAAACCUAUGACUUAUUGUUGUUAGUUAACGUAUAUAACUAUAAAAGAAUAAUCACAUGCUAUUGCUAUUAUAGUGCGGUGUCGGCAAUAUCUAUGCUGCGUAGGCUUUGUACUGUACUUAGUACUUUUUACGAGUAGGUAAUAGAUUGUAAAUUCUCGGAGUUCCUUGUCGAGUCCGAUUUAACUCUGAUGACGAUUCGACUAGCUAAAUAAAGUUAAAAAUGUACCUACCUAUUAACCUUAAAAAGAACAUGUUCAUUGGGUACCACGUAACUGUGUCUUAGGCGAUUACCACACCGAAGUCGAAUCUAGACUCCACAUCAGUGUGAUAACUGCCUUAUAUUUAUUUUAAAUAAGCAGGAUAAGAUCAACAUACAGACUUAUCAUGUUGUAAUAAUCUUUAAUCAAGUUGUACGGGCUUUAAAUACUUUAUAGUGAUACCUACACUUAGAAAAAUCAAUUAAUAGUUAUACCUUUAUGUAAUAGGUAUACUUUUUGGACUACAGAACUUAUAUAGGUACCUAUUAAUCUUUUUGACUAUAAAUUUUAGCUAAAUUAUCUUCUAUCUUGGUAUUUAGACUCCAAAUUAUACCUACUGAUAGCGAAAAUGUUAUUCUGUGCAAUGCGGACCCCGGCCCGGACUCCUUUAAGAUGCAACCGGGAUAACGCUAAGAUGAGGAUGAGGACCGAACACGGCACACUUCUUUAUAAUGACGAAUAACUAGGCGUUUGAGUCUGAAGAAUGAUCAAUUUCGAGUAAAGCGACUGACUGAUGGUGAUGACCAAUGUUAAGAACAAAGUAACCGAUCAAUUAAUAAUAUACUUGUUUACUUCAUUGCAGGUUUCUUAUGUAUUAGUAUUUGCUCAAUUUUAACAACAUUCCUUCAACAGUUGGUUUGAAAUAUAUAUUGUAGAUACUCGUAAUAUAUGUUUAUACAGGUAACAAUUUUCAUAAGUACUAAAUUAUAUGGUACGUUUUAUAGGUCAGUUGUUUUUUUUCUACUUAAUUAUUACAAAGUAGGUAAGUAUUCUAUGUGAAAUGCCUUGGAUUGUUACUUUAGAUAAGGUUCGAUGUAGUGAAUCGUAGCUAUAAGACGAUGCCAUGUUAAUCAGUUAAAUGAAUAUACCUAAAGCACAUUAUUUAAUAUAAUUAGGUAUUGUACUUAAGAUGAGAAAUCGAAUUAAAAUGCGUUUUAGUAUUGUUUCGUUUCUUUUAUUUGUUGGUAGGUACAAGUUUAUACUUAUUUUUAAGUUUUGUAUUUUAUUGUAGAAACUUAUUAUUACAAGAAUUAUGAGUAUUAACAAAUUAUUUAUGACAUGCACAAAAGUGAUUGUCAAUUUGUAGCAAGUAGCAUAUAUUAACGGAUUAUAUCAGUGUCCUACUAUUGUUAAUGGACAUUCUUACAAUUUAAUAACUUUAUGCCUUUAACCUAACCAUAUCAAUUAGUCUUGUUCUAGAUAUGAGUACCUAAGAAUAGGCGAUCGGACUAACAGAUCAAAUUAGUUAUAGUAUGAAUUUUCUCAAAUGAUUUUUAGGCCUCAGAUCCUAAUCCGUUAAAAAAGCCUUUGUUUAUUUUAUGGAGAGUCGCCUAUGUCACAUAGCAUGAAAAUAUGGGAAAAAGUGAUAGAGAGACGCCUGAGAGAUGAGAGUGAUAUAACACAAAACCAGUUCGGGUUUAUGCCGGGGAGAGGUACAACAGACGCCAUUUUUGCACUUCGCCAAAUGUGCGAAAAAUACAGACAUGCUAAAAAGAACCUGCAUAUGGUGUUUGUUGACCUCGAAAAAGCAUACGAUCGAGUACCCCGAGAGGUUUUGUGGUGGGCUCUGAAAGAGAAAUGCGUGCCUGGGAAGUAUGUGGAGCUAAUCCGGUCAAUGUACAACCGAUGUUGUACACGCGUCCGGUCAGCAGCUGGCACCACCGACAGGUUCAGUGUCACAGUAGGCUUGCACCAGGGAUCGGCUUUAAGCCCUUACCUCUUCCUGCUAGUUAUGGACGCACUGUCAUCGGACAUACAGGAGGAGGCACCUUGGUGUAUGCUGUUUGCUGAUGACAUUGUGCUUGUAGGUGAAAACGAACUAGAGGUGCAGAGCAGACUUGAGAAAUGGCGGCAAAAAUUGGAGAAUGUUGGCCUAAAGAUCAGCAGAUCUAAAACAGAACACAUGUUCUGCGAUUUUGGCGGUCUCUCCAGUUUUGCUGCCAUAGAACUCGAUAGCGUUACAUUGCCGGUCUGCUCCGACUUCAAGUACCUCGGUUCGCUCGUACAGUGCGAUGGCGAUAUUGACCGCGACGUGAAAAACCGGAUUAGCACAGGAUGGAUGAAAUGGCGACAGGUUACGGGAACCAUUUGUGACGCCCGUAUGCCCCUUCGGUUGAAGGGUAAAAUUUAUAAAACGAUCAUAAGACCUGUCGUCAUGUAUGGAUCAGAGUGUUGGGCCCUAAAGGUGAAGGAUGAAAAGAGAUUGCAUGUAGCGGAGAUGAGAAUGUUAAGGUGGAUGUGUGGCGUGACGAGAAUGGAUAGGAUAAGGAAUGAGUAUAUAAGAGGAAGCCUGAAAGUUGCACCCAUAACAGAAAAAGUAAGGGCAAAUCGCCUAGCAUGGUACGGGCAUGUGAUGCGGAGGGAUGAAAGUCAUGUGACGAGAAAGGUAUUAAGAAUGAAUGUGGAGGGAAGUACGAGGAGAGGAAAACCGAGGAAAAGGUGGAUGGACUGUGUGAAAGAUGAUAUGAAACUAACGCAAGUGAAUGAUGAGAUGACGGGUGACAGAGAUGUAUGGAAGAAAAAGACAUGCUGCGCCGACCCCAAGUGAAUGGGACAAGGGCAAGCGAAUGAUGAGUCGCCUUAGUCGCGUGCCGAGCGAGUGCCAAAGCCACCAUAUCGUUAAAAAGCAACUACCUAUCGUGAUAGUAUUAAUUAAGGUUCAGAUUUAUGUAACAGCUCAUUCUGAGAUAUUGAGUUUGGGUAAUGUAGGGCGAUCGGUCGCCUGUGCACACAGGCCUGUCAGGUAACAGAAUGUGCUGUUACAUAAAUUUGAACCAUAGAAAUAGGACGGUAAAAUUUAUUUUUAAACGAGUUUGCUCCCUUUCAGUGCUGCGGUAGAAUUGAUAACCGAAAAAGAAAAAGGCUUUUUUAAUACAGUUGCUCAAAAAGUGCUGUUUUACGUAGCUGUUUAGCGUGCGGAAAGUUGGUUUUUGCGAACUUGUGCUUUUUACUUUUCCAAUUUUUUUAAAUUUAUUCUUGUUCCAAUUCAUGACUACUUAUUAAUGAGUGGUAAUAUUAGUUUCCUUUAAACGUCGUAAUCAACAUAAAAACCUACUGGUAAAGUAAGAAUACGAAAAAUAUACAUAUUUCAUAUUUUAUUACUUACCUCUUCAUCAUUAUAACACGUCUAUUUUUUUAUAUUAAAUAUUGAAAAACCGUUCUUAAUAAGUUGUCUGAAUGGAACGGAACGCCUGUCAAAGAAGGCGUUUUUUCUUUCUGCUUUAAGUUUCCAAAGGCAACAUUCGAUCUUGUUUUUAUAAAUGUACGAUACACAAAUAAUCGUAAUAAUAUUUGGGUAAUAAUAGUACAAUGUUUUAUAUUUACAAUUGUUUCUGUCUUGUAGAACAUGCAUUUAAAACAAAAUCUUUCAUUGAAGUGGGUUCAAUAAUAAUAACACCCAGCUAAAAAAACACCUCUUCAUAAUGUCAAUGUCAGUGAUGUCACAGAAUUAAUAAUAUAAAAGUUUCGAAUUCCUUACUUGUUGUUUUUUUUAUUUUUCGCAACUGUAUUAAAAAAAACGUCGUUCGAUACACGUGCGGAAAUGUCAUCUUUUCGCACUAGCAUCGAAAUGUACUAUUGUUUAACAGAUUAGGGUGUGAGGCCUAAAAAUCAUUUGAGAAAAUUCAUACUAACUGAUUCAAUCACAUUUCGAUCUCUUAUUGAUGUGUAGGUACGUAUUGGAGGCGACAAGAUGCUAGCGAUAAAAACGGUAAAUAAUUAGGCACUUGAGUAACUAGAAAAAUAAAACUUCAGAUAUCAAUGCCCGGUAGAUGAUAAAUAGACAUAUUUACUAUAAUACGACCCCCAUCCCCAGUCAAUGCCAGGUGGUGUGGCACUUAUACCUACGGUACAACCAAGGAGGAUUUAGCUGUUCCCUUUGCGGUACGAAUUCUUGAAAAUAAUGUACUGUUAUGUAUGUAGAUACUACAGAUUCUAUAUCAUGAAUUAUUAUUACUUCAACACCCCGAACCCACAUGGAAAUACGACUAGGCAUUUUAUAUUGCUUAAGAAAUAUAAAUAGAAUAAGAAAAUAAUAGCAUAUCUAUUCAUUUCUUUGAAAUUGUACACAUUUUAUUUCAUCGCAGUAUCUCGGAUCUCGGCCAGGAUGUCAAAAAUAUAAGCGGUAUUUUUUCAGUAUUUUAACAUGAUAUAGCUGUACUUAUCAUGUGGCUUUCAUUUCAUGAAUUUUUACUGCAUGAGUAACAACAAAAUCCUUUGUACAGGGUGGGCCAGUGAUAAAUGCAUUUAAUUUUUUUUAAACAAAUAAUCAAUGUUUAUGUUUUUAAAUUAAAAUUAUAAUUAGAAUUUGGGAUAAAGAAAUAAAUUUUACGUUUUAAAAAUUAAAUCAUUAAGAUGUCGUCCGUAGUGGUUGCGGCACUCUUCCAGUCUUGCUUGUAAAUUUUGAAAGACUUAACAAGACUUUCGUGUUAAGAGAUUUCCUGGCUCCGAAACUUCACGAAUCGUAUGGUUACAACAACAACACAUGGUUUCAGCAAGACGGGGCCACCUGCCAUACAAGUAACGUGACCCUGGAAGUUUUGCGUGAAAUGUUUCCUCAAAAAUUGAUAUCGAGGCGAGGUGACAUUGCUUGGCCUGCCAGGAGCCCUGACUUAACUUCGACAGACUUCUUUUUGUGGGGUUACUUGAAGAGUAAAGUGUACUCCAAUAAUCCGACAACCACAGCAGAAUUAAAGAAGAAUAUUCGUCUAGAAAUCCAAUCAAUAUCUCCGCAACUUCUAACGAAAUUCUUUCAAAGUUUACAAGCAAGAUUAGACUGGAAGAGUGCCGCAACCGCUACGGACGACAUCUUGAUGAUUUAAUUUUUAAAACGUAAAAUUUAUUUCUUUAUCCCAAAUUCUAAUUAUAUUUUUUAUUUAAAAACAUAAAAAUUGAUUAUUUAUAAAAAAAAAUGCAUUCAUCACUGGCCCACCCUGUAAUUGUCCUGUAGUAUCACGACACUACCUGAUGUUUAACGCUUGAGCCCAGCAGUUUUACAGCAUUUUCUUGUUCCUGAUAACGCGGUUAUCGCGAGAUAAUGACUGAAUGAAUGAAUGAAGUGACGUUUAUUCUAUCAUGUCGUUAUCACGCGAUCACCGUGUCCAUCGUAUGUCGCUUGAAAACUUUCCGAGCACUUUCCGGCACAUUAGUAGAUUUAACCGAAGUAUACGCAACAGUUCACCCUUUUUCCAAACACUUGAUGACAAUGAUGGGGCAUGUUCCUACAUGUAUGCUGGUAUGUGUCGAAUGCAAAGAUUUUCAAACAAAUCGGGUGUUUAUUGGUUAUUAUCAUUCAAGCGUGGAGCGAGCAUCAAGUGGAUGUCGGUUAUUGGUAGUAAGUACUUAUGUGUAUACUUAAUGGCGUAUUGCCUAUCAAAAGCUUUAAAUAGUGACUGUAUCCCUUGUUACUCGGCCUCAUACGUGUUGCAUGAAAUAAAAUUAUAUUUCUAAGUUGUUUGCUUAGUAUAUAGUAUAACGACUUUACCGUACCUAACCUAAUUGUAAUAAUCCUUAACUGUAAUAACUUAUAAAUAUCACGGGGUGACGCAAAUUGUCGACACAUACAUUAUUUGCCAUAAUUAAAUAUUUUAUUUUCUAGGAAUUCUAGGUAUCAAUUUUAUAAUAAUGUACCUACUCGUACAAUUGGUAAAUUGGUUUUAUGAAUAAAAUGAUUAUGAUUAUGAUUACCUAUGUUCACCAUAAGAAAUUAAAUGACCUAGAAAUUGCGAUAUUUACUUUAAAUUUAUUUUAGUCUACGAGUAGGAAUAACAUUUAAUAAAUCCUAUAAUCUUCCUUAGCUAAUAGACUGAAAAAAUUGCAUUUCCUAAUGAAAAUUUGUAUUGUCUAUUACUGCCUACCAUUUGUAAAAAAAAGUACAUAGUAGCACAAAGUUUGUUUCUCGUAUAAUGACUUGAUUUAUACAUUACGCUAAUUAGAAAUCCCUAUGUUUGAAUUUCACUUCUUUAUUUUCAAUUUUAAUUUUGUAAAUUGACUGAUCAUACCCAAUUAACCCAAUGCUGAUAAUGCCUUAAUUACGUUAAAAACAUAGCUAGUAUUUUAGCUUCAAUAAUAUACUAUAACAGACAUAUUCGCUUUACACUUUUAACUACAAGGCGUUCUACGCGGGUGUGUAGCCAACGUGCCAAUCGUUUACGCUCCGUAUCGAACGAAACGCUAUUGUCAUUGUAGCACUAAUAUGGAAAAGUGACAGAGAAAGAUCGCUACACUACGGAGCGUUAACGAUUGGUAUGUUGGCUAAGCACGCAGGGCUCGGUGCAAGAGUGUGCAGAUGUGACACUAUUUGAGAAGAUAAAAUACUGACUAUUAUUUUUACUGCCACAAUGUUGUUGUAUAAAUACCUACAGGGAAAUCGUAGAGUUUGAUAUUUGUUAUCUAUACCUAUUCUACUUAUACUUAAUGCGUUUCUUGUGCGCUUGUACAAAUUGUCAACACAGAUCGUACUUAUUAAUUUUACUGGAUCGCUUAGCUUAAAAUUACAGUUGUGCGGACUGUAUGUCCACGAAAUAUGAAAAUUAAUAAAAUAUAUACUAUUCA